UUGUGAAGCCACACGGCCGCCAUAUUGCCACUCGCAAGAAACACUUCUCGACAAGCUUUUGCAUUCGUGGUGAACUUCUUUUAUUAAUUCGGAUUGGACACAAAUUUUGCCUUAAGAUGCCUGCAUGUGCAGCUAUUAACUGCACAAAUCGCCAGUUCAAAGGCUGUGGACGAACCUUUCACCUACCCGGUUCACGUAGCAUCAAACCCGACGCCCUGUCCCGGAUCCACAGCGCCACGGAGGAGAACAAGACCCCGGGACCAUCGUGCCUGCGGCGAAGGGGCUGGGGGCGGUCCGGUGGGAGGUGGAGAGGCACGUUACUAUGGCCCUGAAGGACACUGACAUCCCGGAUCGUUGCCCCAGGGACAGACUGUAUGUUCCUCCCAACCUCAGAUCAGAGGUCCUGCAGUGGGCAUACUCAGCCAAGGUCUCGUGCCACCCGGGCGUUCGACGCACCCUGUUCCUGGUUUCGCAGUGGUUCUGGUGGCCCUCCAUGACAACAAACACCAAGGAAUUUGUGGCAGCCUGCUCUGUCUGCGCCCGGAACAAGUCUUCUCACUGUCCUCCUGCAGGCUUACUCCAGCCUCUUCUGGUUCCACCCAGGCCCUGGUCCCACAUCGCCUUGGACUUCGUCACUGGACUACCUUCUUCCCGUGGUAACACGGUAAUACUGAACGUUGUAGAUCGUUUUUCUAAAAUGACUCAUUUAAUUGCACUACAGAAGCUACCAUCUGCACUGGACACCGCACGUCUACUUGUCAGACAUGUGUUCCGCAUCCAUGGAAUCCCUAUGGACAUCGUAUCGGACCGGGGACCCCAAUUCACAUCCCAGGUGUGGAGAGCCUUCUGCCAGGCCUUGGACGCCAAGGUCAGCCUCUCAUCGGGAUAUCAUCCCCAAUCUAACGGCCAGACAGAGCAGGCCAACCAAGACCUGGGGGCAGCCCUCCGCUGCGUGCCCCACCAACACCCCUCCUCCUGGGCAGCACACCUCCCAUGGGUCGAGUACGCCCAUAACUCCCUCGUCAGCACGGCCACAGGAAUGUCCCCCUUCAAGGCAGCCUAUGGGUACCAGCCCCCCUUGUUCCCCUCACAGGAAGCGGAGAUUGCCAUUCCCACCGUAAACGCACACCUCAAGCGAGCCCACCGGGUCUGGAAGGACACCCGCGCUGCUCUUUGCCGCACGGCGGACCGCAACAAACAACUGGCUGACUGCCACCGCAUCCCAGCACCCACAUUCCAACCCGGACAGGAGAUUUGGCUCUCCUCCCGGGACCUCCCAAUAGAGGGGAUUCGCAAGAAGAUGGCGCCAAGAUUCGUGGGACCCUAUAAGGUGGAGGCGAUCAUCAACAGAUCUGCAGUCAAGCUCAAGCUACCGCCCUCACUCAAAAUACACCCGGUUUUCCAUGUUUCUUGCCGCAAACCCGUCAGUUCCAGCCCAUUGUGCCCUCCAGCCGAGGCUCCACCUCUCCCUCGCAUCAUCGAUGGUCAGCCAGCUUAUACGGUUAGAGCUAUAUUGGACGCGAGAAAAAGGGGCAGGGGGGUGCAGUAUCUGGUUGACUGGGAGGGUUACGGGCCUGAGGAGCGUUCGUGGGUCGCUCACUCCUGUAUCCUCGACCCACAACUCCUCCGUGACUUCCACUCAUCUCACCCUACCAAGCCAGGUAUGUCGUCAGGUGACGCCUUAUAAGAGGGGGGGAUACUGUGGUGUUCUGUGUGCUGCAUUGCUGCCCUCUGCUGUGCUCUCUUUGCAGUACAUCCUUCACACCACCCUGAGGAGCAGAUUGGCAACACCUGAGGAUGAUUGACAGCAGGACUAUUUCAGUCACAAGCAUACUUCCCUCUGCCAGAUCGUUGCCAUUCUUCCUCGACUCAGGCUCUUGUGUUUCCACCUGUUGUCCACUACUAGCUGUACUUGCUAAUUUUUUUAUCCCUGCCCGGCUUACUCCAGCAGCGUAAGGACAUUGCUAGUUUUCUCCUGCUUGACUACUCAGCAGCGUUUUGUGUUUCCCUACUUACCCUUUUGGUAGCUCUUUUGUUUCUUGCCGUUUUCCCGUGUACCAUCCGGGUCACCUUUAGUUGUACAUUCCUCUGUUAUACCUUUUUACUCUUGUGUUGUACUUUUCCCUUUGUGGUUUGGAAUAAACUCUUCAACAAACCCAACGUCAACUCCCGCGUCCUGGGAACCAAUCCGCGGCACGCGCCGUUCCCUAACAGCACACAUCCACAACACUCAUUAUUCACACUCCUACCGUCAGGCAGACGCGACAGGAGUUUGAAGUCCAGGACCACAAGACUGGCA